GAGAGGUCAGCCGGUAAAGCGACCACAAGCACAAUUUCAAUUUGAAAUUCAAACGGCUGCGAGACAUUUUUUUUUGCGGAGGGGUGUGUUUCCGCAAGUAUAAUUCUCAGUUGCUUGAAUAAAAGAAGAAUUACACCCGAUCCAUGAACAAAGAGAACACAUCGUCCCGUCUCCCGGUCAUGUCUGGGAAACGGGCUCACACCAACAGCUCAGAUGGGGAGCAACAGCAGCCUGCGCAGAAGAAAAUGCGCAGGGUAGAUGCAGAACCGGCUCAGAAGUUCAGACCCGCGGCUAGUGUUGUGCCCCCGAGACGUCCUGCAGCGGUCAAAGCCCCUGUCAAAGCUCUUCGUCCAACUGGAGCUGCAACAGUGGCAGUUGCCCCUGCAAGAGGUGACCAGAAAAAACCUGUUGCAGCAGUAGCUAAAGCUGCAGGUUUAGGUGCGUCACGGAGGCCGGGAUGGGACCUGAAGGGCAAAGUGAGUGACAUGGAAGCCAAAGUCCAGAAUUACCAGAGCAAAAUAAAAUCGGUGAAUCUGGAAAACGAUCACCUGAAGGACUCUAUAACCAAAGCCCAAAAGCAUAAGACUGAAAUUGAAGAUGAGAACAAAGGUCUCAAAAAGCGUAUCGGGGAAUGUGAAGAGGAGCUGGAAAAGCUGGCUACUGUGAAAGAUGACCUGGCGCAAACCUCUACAGAGAGAGAUGGUCUUAAGAAAGACCUCAGCAACCUAAGUGAGGAACACAAGGUUUUGGAAGGACUCCGGGAUCAUUUGGAGUCUGAGCUGCGCAAUAUACAAACUCAGCUCGCCAUCCAGACCUCUACACUGAGGCAGUGUCAGGACAGUUUGAAGGAGAGCCAAGAGCUGGUCAGGAACCUCGAGGAAACGGUAGCCCGGCAAAGAGAAGAGCUGCACAUCGGAGAAAUGGAGCGCAGGAAGCUCCACAACACUAUUCAGGAGCUCAAAGGCAACAUCCGAGUGUUUUGUAGGGUCCGUCCACUGCUGACUGGCAAUCAGUCUGAUGUUCUGCACAUCCAGCUGCCGGCCCAUGACAACAAGGCUCUUACCCUUGCCAAAACCGAAGAGUCGCACACGGGGCGCACGGCUGACACUCAGAAGAGCUAUAACUUCAGCUUCGACCGUGUGUUUGGGCCACGUUCCUCUCAGCGUGAGGUUUUCGAAGAGAUCUCCCUGCUGGUGCAGUCUGCUCUGGAUGGGUACAACGUUUGUUGCUUUGCUUAUGGCCAGACUGGCAGCGGGAAGACCUUUACUAUGGAGGGGGGCGAUGUGGAGGACAUGUGGGGAGUCAUUCCUCGUGCUGUCCAGCAGAUCUUCAAGUCUGCCAAAGCACUCCAAGAGCAAGGGUGGGAGUACUCCUUCACUGCCAGCUUUGUGGAGAUCUACAAUGAGACUCUUCGAGAUCUUCUCUACACGGGAAAACCAAACAAAAGACCGGAGCAUGAGAUCAGGAAGCUCUCCAAUAAUGAGAUCACGGUUACCAACCUGACCUACCAACAGGUCAACAAUGAAGAUGAGGUGCACAACUUGAUCAUGCUGGCAAACCAGAACCGGUCCACGGCCCGCACAGGCAUGAACGAUCACUCUUCACGUUCUCACUCUGUGUUCCAGCUAGACAUAGAGGGGCAGAACUCUGAUCGAGACACCAAGUGCAAGUCCGUGCUGUGUCUGGUGGAUUUGGCUGGGAGCGAGCGAGUGCAGAAGAGUCAGUCUCAAGGAGAGCGAUUCAAGGAGAUGACCUCUAUCAACUCUUCCCUCACCAACCUGGGAAUUGUGAUCGCCGCUUUGGCCAACAAGGAGAGCUUUAUUCCCUACCGUAACUCAAAGCUCACGUACCUCCUCCAGAACUGCCUCGGAGGCAACAGCAAAACUUUGAUGUUUGUGAAUAUUGCACCUGAGGAAGAGAGCUUCAGUGAGUCGCUCAAUUCUCUGCGCUUCGCCAGCAAAGUGAACGACUGUGUCAUCGGAACCGCUUCAGCUAAUCGAAAGUAGUUGUAAUCCACUGUGGUCAUUUUAAGAUCAUUUUAAUCUUUCAUAUUUUUCAUGUUUUAUCCUCAUCUCUCCUGUCUUUGGUAUAAUUUUAUAUUUCUGUGGUGCAUUUUUAAUGUUCUAUCUAGCAGACGAUUUUUAUUACCGUUUUAAACAGCCACCAAAUGCAUGUUUUACUGCAUCUUGAAAGGGGAUCAAUAAAAUGUAUAUUUUGCCAUGUUA